AUGCCGCUCAAUAAACGGCCACGGACCCAGCCGAUCGUUCGCGUCCGAACCGGUUGCUUGACCUGCAGACGGCGCAAGAAGAAGUGCGAUGAAUCCCGGCCGACUUGUGGUGGAUGCGUGCGAAAUAAACUUGGCUGCGAAUGGCCAUCCAACGUACCAUCUGCUGGCAGAACGGCGACUAGAUCGAAUGAUGAGCGGCGAGAUGUUAUUGCAGACUUGGUGAAUCAGAUUUUGAAUGAACCUAAUGACAAUAAUAAUACUACCGAUGUGCAAGAGCAACACGACAGCCCAGAGCCAGUUGGAAGUCCUAGUCGGCCAUCCCGACCAUCUCAAUCGCCAGCCACUUCUACAGUCUCAACGACACAAUUAUCUAGCAUUUCGGAUCUAGAUGAUGACAUGAAUUUGGAAAAUAGCCCACAAGAAGUGGACAAUGUUCUAGUACAUCAUCAGACAUUCCCUGCCCCAGUGGCCAGUGUUCCAGAACCAGAAGCACCCGGGAUGAUGGCAAUAGGGAAUUUGAUGCCACGCAGCCUAUCCAUGCUCCCAGGACAUAGUAAUGAGUCCUUCCACCUCUUGAGUCAUUAUCUGGCAACGACAGCCGAUUGCAUGGCCAAUGGCUCUACUCCGAUCAACCCAUUUCUGGUGCAGAUUGUUCCUCUGGCAUUUACAAGUGACCUUCUGCUUCAGCUUGUUUUGACGCAGAGUGCGGCUCAUCGGGCGUUUCGGUGUCGGAAUGAUUCCGAUCAAAUUGCUCAGACUCACUACACGAAAGCCCUUCAGCUAUUUCGGAAGGGUGUGACGGAGUUUAUUGAUGGAAAGGAAUCGAAUCCCUUGAUGCUGACGGUCGGAGCUCUUGUAAUGUGCUUCACAGAGACAGCCAAAGGCGACAUGAAUGGAACGAUAUUCGACCACCUCUCUGCCGCCAAUUCUUUAUUGAUCCGCUUACUUUCGCAAAGUGAUUCUGCAGUUCCCAAAGAUCUCAAAGACUUUGUUAUUGAAUAUUAUACAUAUACCGCUGCCGUGAGCAUGAUAUCAAUAGACGCACGAGUCAGCCCUCAGCUAUUUCUGAAUCUUGACCUGGAACAAAGAGCCCGCCAGUUGCUCGAAUCGGAAUACGUGGGAAAUCUCUGCGGAUGUUGGCUCGAGCUUUUACUAUUGAUACCUUGCAUCUUUGACCUGGGUCGACAAUGGAUGAUGAUUGAUGGAGAACCCGCGAUGCCAAGUGCCGAUGAUAUCGCUAUGUUCGGUUCAUUGCAGUCUCAGAUACUUCGCUGGUCGCCGUUUUCCUUCGUCACCCCAGAGGUUUACCUCGCAGGCAGAAUCUUUCAACAAGCGAUGCUUCUCUAUCUUUACACAUCUCUGGGCGGUUUCCGUCGAUCGGAAAAUGGCAUGCAUAAAGGAUUGGUUGAUACGGCUAUUGCAGAGGCAAUGUCGUAUCUCAAUCAGCUGUCAGCCACCGCUCGGAUCAACUCGGGUCUCUGCUGGCCCAUUGCCGUCGUGGGCUCUUGCCUGUCCGAUUCAGAACAGCAAGCUUGUUUAAGGACUAGGCUAGAUGUGAUGGUGAAUACUUUUGGUUUGGGGAAUAUGCAGCGAACACUACUACUACUUGAGCAUAUGUGGCAGAUGCCGAUAGAUGAGGCUGGACCUUGGAACAUCUGCAGAGCUAUGCAACAGAACCAAAUUUGGAUAUCAUUUGCAUAA